AUGGGGCAAGAAACUGACCCUAGGGAAGUUCUGCAGCUUGACGUUCACGAUAUCGUUACAUCAGAUGAGGACGAGGACACUAAAAUUAAACAGCAGUUAGACGAAUUAGAGAGGCAACAAAGAGAUCUCCGUGAUCGUCUGGAACAGAAGGCUUCGCGAAAAAAGGCGCAGCGUCAAUCCUUAGAACGUGUAGAAGUCCCUGCUUCCCCCAAGGAAGAAAGGAAAUCUAAAGCUUCUCCUCAAAGUCAAAAGAGUUCCAAGGGAAUAACAUUAGCCGCUAACAGCAACAAUGAUUCUAUCGAAGUCCCCUGGAAGAAUGGUCCCAGCAAUACUACAUCGUACUUCGUGGAGAACUUUGUCAAUGCACGCAAAGUCGAGGAGCAGAAAAUCCAACACCGAAGCAGUCUGCUUAGCUGUCGAGUUCACACAUUUAAAGGUAUCGAUAGCUUGAAGGGUAGUCAACCUGUUAACGUAGACGAAAAAGAAUUAUACUCUGGCUUCAACAUAUCCAGGCGCUAUAUGUCUACAUCUGAACUGGACGAAAUUAUGCGUGAGAUUAAAGUCCUGCGACUUCCCAAACUUUUCAGCAAAGUUCGACCACCAAAAUUCACAGAGCCUGAUUAUGCUAACUGGGUUGCAAUCGGCAUUAUUAGCUUCAAGUCCGAAGUUAAACUAACAUCUUCUUCGAAACCUUCGAAGUAUUUCAAGAUGACACUAACAGACUUCACGCACAACUUGGAUAUUUACAUCUUCAACAACAAAAACGUCGAGAAGUACUACAAUCUAAGAGUUGGAGACAUUAUUGCUAUAUUAAACCCGGACAUUCUUCCAUGGAGGCCGUCACAAGUUAAUAACGAUGAGUUUUCAGGACCAGUGGUAAAGUCUUUCAAUUUGUCUAUUAGACACAAUUUCGACUGUGUGCUUGAAAUCGGAACCAGCAAAGAUCUUGGGUUUUGCCGGAUUCCCAACAAGGCUACAAGGAAAGCCUGCGGGGCACCAAUCAAUCGAGCUGCUACUGAUAGGUGUGAAUAUCACCAGGAUGUUAGGUUUCGACAUGUGAACGCUCAGCGUGUUGAACUUAACGGAAGCACAUCUUUAAGAUCACCAGUGAAAAAUGGUAAAAAGCAAGCGCUUUAUGGGACCUCUGGCGUGAAAAGGAAGCUUCAGCUGCUUCCAGACAAACACGCCCCACAAGCUCAAGAUGGUGAGAGUCAGAACACGCUCUUCUUCAGCAACCCCAAUUACGCUAAGGCGUUUUUCGAUGAUAGUUACCAGAACCCUGAUAUGCUCAACAAUCUUGAAAACAAAAGGAGGAAGCUCAAGGACAGUGAGAAAGAGAGAACUCUCCAAAACCAGCUGAAUAGUGCAAUCGGGAAAACUGGGUAUCAAAGCUUCAACAACAAAAGCAAAGAAGAGCAGAAGCAGAUGAAAGACGCGACCGAGCAAGUACUGAACAGCGGACUAUUGAGAGAUAUAGGAUUUGACCCUUUUCGAGGAAAGAUGCGUGAGGUGCUGAAGUUUGGAAAAAACGUGAACAGUGGACUGAACUCCAAAUCAUCUCAAGUGAAGGAAAUUAUGAGCUUUAAGAAAUCUAACGUCAGUCUGGCUCCCUCUAAAGCUGAACAAAAAAAGCGGCUUCUGAGAAGAGAGCAAGUCUGGAGAGAGCAUUUUGACACUGAAAAACUGGCAAAUCAAAAACAAAAGAAGACACCAUCUUCUGAGAGCAGCGAUAGCGAUUUGGAAAUCGUGUAG